AUGUCAGCAUACUCGGACGAUGAGGAACAUGAUCCCCAAGCGGAUGAGCUCCGCGAGACCGCUCUGGUCACUCUCGAGGCACUGAUCAGCUCCUGCAACAAACAGAUGCAACCGUACAUAACAAACACUACCAAUUCGGCUCUUCGAUUCCUAAAAUAUGACCCAAAUGUCGCCGAAAUGGAGGACGACGAGGAGAUGGGAGGCACACAAGACGAUGGGAGCGAGGAUGAUGCCACCGAGGAGCCUGACCUGGAAGACGACGAAUUCGAGGACUUUGAAGAGGAGGGUGGCUAUAGCGAUGUUGAUGAUAUGAGCUGGAAGGUACGGCGGUGUGCUGCCAAGCUUCUUUACACCGUCAUCUCUACCUACGGUCGUGGUCGCUCUGCAGACGCUUCAGCCCUGUUCCAGCAGGUUGCCCCAGCUCUGAUAUCUCGAAUCAGCAGGGAAAGAGAAGAAAGUGUGAAGCUAGAGGUGGUGUCAACAUUGACCGCCCUUGUCCGCAAAAUUGGCGAGGGUUCGAUGAUUGUCACAUCUAAUGACUUCCUAGAGGCCGUGGGUGGAUCAAAGAAUUCUCGCAAGCGCAGACGCCAAGAUAGUGAUGCAUCGAUGAUUGACUUUGAGCCAGGCGCUGGAACCUCGUCGGCGAUGGACUCCCCUGCUGCGCCCUCGUCCCCAAAGUCUGGUUCCCAGGCCGAUUUGGCCCUCUCCGUGCCUUCCAUUGUACAGAACCUCGUCAAAGUGUGGAAGCAGGCAUCGAUUCCCUUGAAACAAGCCACAAUCAUUCUUCUAAAGAGUCUUUCCUUAGUCCGCUAUGGUGGCCUUGCAGACCACCUCCAACAAAUUGAAGACCUCAUUGCAGAUGCUCUCAAGACUUCAUCUUUGUCAGGAAGCACAGCAGCUCACACUGGAGCUGCUGUCAGUGCAGGUACUCUUCAAAUCGAGACUUUAGGACUGGUUGCAGUCAUUGCCGAGACUCACCUGUCCGAAGCCCUGUUACCAUUCCUGAUCGCUCUAGUGCCUGGAGUUGUUGGAGCAGUCAACGACCGCAACUAUAAAGUUAGCAGCGAGGCUCUAGGUGCAGUGGAGCAGAUUGUGAAAGCUUUCACCCCUCCGCGCGUGUCUGCCAAUCCCUCCGAUGUUACGCUGCAGCUGCACAAGCUUUACGAGGUUGUUCACUCUCGAAUCACCGACACAAGUGCCGAUCUUGAGGUCCGUCAACGAGCUAUUCAUGUGUUCGGUGUCAUUCUCGCACGCACCUCCGGAGAACGGGGUCUAGAGUUCGUUUCGUCUGACAUGCGAUCCAAUGGGUUGGCUGUAUUAGUCGACCGGGUGAAAAACGAGACAACUCGUUUGUCCGCUGUCCGUGCCAUCGAUGAUGUUGUCGUUCUUGCCAAGCGUAAGCAAGAUGUUUCCGGUGACUGGGCCAACAAUGUCGCUCUUGAGUUGGGGUCGAAUUUACGCAAAUCGGACCGUGCGCUGAGAAGCGCGUGCUUGGAAACUCUUCGAAGUCUUUCCAUGAACUCAAACCUCAGAUCUCAUCUCACUCCCGAGACUAUCACAGUGCUCGAAAAUGCUGCCUUGCCUCUUCUCGCUGCUGCUGAUUUCCAUACACUCACGCCUGCGUUGAUUAUCAUCGCUAAACUUGUCCCCGGCAACGCAGAUCUUGUAGUCAACAGUGCUUUGAUCUCAUCUAUUUGCUCGAUCGUGACCAAACCACUUGUUGGGACCGUUCUCAAGGCACUCUUGCUCCUAGUCAAGGUCAUUGGCGACGAAGGUGCGGGUGCUAGUUUGAUGCAAAACCUCCUCCGCGACGUAGGAAUCACAGGGGAUUCAUCUGUGGUUGGCAGAGCUGUGGGCACCCUCCUGGUCCAUGGUGGGUCAAAUCUCGGGGUUACAAUGGAAGAUUUCUCGACAGAACUGAAGACUGCACAAGACGAUAGCCGAAAGUGUCUUGCCCUUGCCAUCCUAGGUGAGAUUGGGCUGCGGAUGGGCCCAGAGUGCUCAUUGACCCCGGAACUUUUCAUUCCCCAUUUCCAAUCCCAGUCAGACAAUGUGCGGCUGGCCGCCGCCACAGCUCUCGGCAAUGCCGCCGCCGGCAGUGUCAAAGCUUAUCUCCCAAUAAUCCUGAAUGGCUUGGAAAAGUCGAAUGGUCGAAGCUAUUUGCUCCUCCACUCGGUACGGGAAUUACUUCAGCAUCCUGAGGUUGUCCGGCCGGACCUUGCAUCAUCAGCCCACAAGUUGUGGCAUGCGCUCCUUCUCGUUUCCGAGGAAGAGGACAAUCGUGCCGUGGGGGCCGAAUGCGUGGGUCGCUUGGCACUGCUUGAUCCUGUCGCUUAUAUCCCUCACUUCCAAGAGUACUUGGCCAAUACCGACUCGGCUGUUCGUGGAGUAGUGAUUUCGGCAUUCCGUUAUACCCUUGCCGAUUCAAGUGACGCUUACAACGAUGUACUGCGUCCAUUGAUGGUGCCUCUUCUGACCAAUAUGCUCAGCGACAGUGAUUUGGGCAACCAUCGUCUUGCGUUGACCACUCUUAACUCCGCAAUUCAUAACAAGAUGGCUCUUCUGCUUCCUCAUCUCGAUGAACUGCUGCCAGCUGUUCUUGGUGACACGAAAAUCAAACCAGAGCUCAUUCGCGAGGUACAAAUGGGUCCAUUCAAGCACAAAGUGGACGAUGGACUUGAUUUGCGCAAGAGCGCCUACGAAACUCUUUAUGCGUCGCUUGACACCUCAUUCUCCCGUACUCACAUGGAUGAACUCUUUGAUCGCAUUGUCGCCGGUAUUGAUGACGAACAGGACAUUCGUGCGAUCAGUAAUCUCAUGACAUCUAAACUGAUCAAGAUUGUGCCAGAAGACACCGAGCGACACUUGGACGCUCUGUCAGAACAUUAUACUUCUGUUCUUUCCUUCAAGCCAAAAGAGAAUGCCGUCAAGCAAGAGCUAGAGAAAGCCCAGGAAGCAUCCCUCGGUAUCUUGAAGGUUACCAGAGAGCUAAAUAAGGCGUUCCCCAACGCGGAGGCAUCUGGUGAUCAUCACAAAUGGAAAACAUAUAUGGAGUGGGUUCGGCGGACUUUCUCUUCACAGUUGUCGACUCUGGAACUAGACAUUUGA